UUAUCAGCAAACAUGUUUCCAGGCGGACUAAUUUGUCAAGGGACCAAGCUAGAGAGGCCGGCAAAAUGGAAGUGAAGGAUGCCAAUGCUGCUAUGCUCAGCAACUAUGAGGUGUACCAGCUCCUGACAGAUCUGAAGGAACAGAGAAAGGACAGUGGGAAGAACAAACACAGCGCUGGACAACAGAACCUCAACACCAUCAUGUACGAGACGCUGAAGUACCUGUCCAAGACUCCGUGCAGCAGGCAGAACCCAGAGACGGUCAAGAACUUCCUUACCACCAUGGUGCCUCACAAACUCACCAAGGCUGAGAAGCUGCAGCUACUGAACCACAGACCAGAGACUGCUGUAGAGAUCCAACUGAUGGUAGAGGAGAGUGAGGAGCGGUUGUCAGAGGAGCAGAUUGAGGAGCUCAUUCAGAAGGUCACAGACGUGCUCCCAGGCGACCCAGAACAAGAAGGCUCCGCCCCCGGCAAUGAAGCAGAGAUGGAAGAGGGCAUUGACCAAUAGCGACGAGUCCUGAUGGAGCUUGUCUGUGACUGAGGGAGGGAGCCUGAGCUGAACAGGAGUUAAAACGGUAUAGAGAACACUGGAAAUCCACUUUCAUGCUCAUUUGGGUGGACUGGACAUGGAAGUAUGCAGAAUGGAAUACAGUCAGAUAUUACCAUUGACAGUAACAAGACUGUUCCCAUUCUGUGCAUUACUAACCUACCUGUCUGCUUGGUUCAACUUCAGCUCUUACUCCUUCUGUGUUUACAGCACUGUUUCUUAACUAGUGUGUUCUGGAAUUCACUUGCACUUACAGAAUAUAUUUUCCAGUUAGUGUUCUCCUGUGCUACAUGCUUUCAUAUAGUUAGCAGAUUACAACGGGCUAAUGUGAAGCUCCAUUAACCAUUACAGGUUAGGUACUGUUUGCGGCGUAUCACAGAAUUUCCGACCAACCUUAACUUGGCGACACUUACUCAAUUUCCGACAUGGAAAACAACCAAUGUCUUACUAAAAACGUCAAGGUCUAGUUGCAGGGGCUUUGUUUGAAUUUAGAAAAUGCUCUGUUAUUAAAUAAAUAGUUUGCUCCAAGAAGUAAUCCAAAAAUGUGUACGCCGCCAUCUUGUCUAUUUCAAGUCUUCUCACUCAUUGAUCGAGACAGGUGAGUGUCAUCAUGACAUGCAGCACUUUGUGGUGGACACCUACCACCUCUUGAUCAAUGAGAGAAGAUUUAAAAUGGUCAAGAUGGCGACGUACACCUUGUUGGAUUACUUCAUGGAACAGAACUUUUAUUUAAUUGAAUAACCAAUUUUCUAAAUUAAAUUAUUAACUGAUGGUUCGAGGCCUGAAUGCUGAUUGGUUGAAAGCCGUUGUAUGAGACCAUGGGUAUGACAACAUUACAUUUUUACUGUUCUAAUUACGUUGGUAACCAGUUUAUCAUAGCAAUAAGACACCUCAGGGGUUUAUGGUAUAUGGGCUGUAUCCAGGCACUCCGCCUUGCGCAUAAGAACAGUCCUUAGCCGUGGUAUAUUGGCCAUAUACCACACCCCCUCAUGCCUUAUUGCUUAAACGAACCCCUGCAACUAGACAUGGAUGUUUAUAAGACAUUGAUUGUCUUCCAAGUUGGGAAUUUUAGACGUAUCGACAGUCUAGGGUAAGGUUGGUUGAACAUUCUCUGCUACACCAAACAGUACCUAUCAGCCAGCUGGAACAGAGUAAUGGUCUGACGAAGCAAUAUUUGUAAUAACUAGCUUUCAUAGUACAGUGAAUGGAACAUAGCUAGACAGAAGCACAAGCUUGGUGUGUUCAGAGAGAACAGUCAGGGAACACAGUUUUGACAGCACCCACCCUGUCCUCUACAGAGCACUGUUGCUUUCAGGUGCCAUACAAUGGGGUAGAAGGUAGACUUGUUUUGUAUUUUGUUUGACAUACAAGUAUAGUUACCCAAUGUAUGGUUUUCUUUGUAAAUCCAUUUGCCUAAUAAAAUCAAAGGCAUACCA